AUGGGCAACGAUGCCCCCCAGAGUCGGCGGGGGGUCGCUGGCAGAGAUGCAUCGGCGCUGAACAUCCGACCUUCGACUCGCACAACACCUGCAUCAACCACCAAAACCUCCCAACCAAGGAUCACAAAACAUGCAGCGUCUUCGUCCAAGAAGAUGCGACGUCCUGGGCGUCCUUUCAAGAUGCCCAAGCAAGAUCUCCCCUCCCCACGAGCGUCCCAGGAAAUGCUCGCUGCCUCAGACAUUGACGUCUCCCAGACCUCAGUGACCCCGGAAGUCGCACCCCCGCAUGCCGCACCCACCCCGCGCUCCUUGUCGUUGCUCGAAGCAUUGCCAGUCGAGGUAAUCGAGAAGAUUUUCCUGUACUCGCUGAACCUGAAUCUCCCGCGCGCCUCAUCCGUCCUGGCCGCCGCACUGUCCCGCGAUCGGGUUUACAGUCUCCUCACGAUCCUCGCCUUCUGGGAUGACUCGUCGACCCACCCUCGCAGUGAAGCAAUGGAUCGCAUCCUCGCUCCCCUGGACUAUACUCCCCUCACCCUGAAUGAGCGGGGUCAAUUACAGCAAGCCGUCUUCCGGUGUCGAUGGUGUACGAUGGAGCGCAUACGUGACCAAGUUCCGACCAUCAUGAUUCUCACGAUCCAUCGUCAAUGGCUCAACAUGGGGGUGGAGAUGGAUGAAGAGACACAGCGCAAUUUGGACCGAUUCGUGAAUCGACACGACGAUACAGUCACGAGCUUCCGAGGACGAAAACACCCCCUCGAAGCCCCGGCGCUCACAAGUCAUCCCGAAAUGUUCUCCGGUCCACACAAUUACCGACUCGUGGUUCACCCCAUGACGAUGAUCGAGAUCCGCUCGGAGACCUUGCAAACUGCCAAGUACUGGCCUGCUCUGUCAAUCCUGAGGUUCCCCAAUCAUAUCCUCCGAGGACGCUUGACAGGAUUUACCGCGGAUGACGUGAUGUUCCUCGAAAUGCUUCGAAUGUGCUCGUACAACUUCGUUCCGCGUGCAUGGCAGGACGUGCCCGCGACCAUUACAACACUCAAUCGCACCGUGCUCCACCAGGGGGUCCGCAAAGCGAUCCUGACCCAAAAUUACAAUGCGCUGGUCUCUCUUCUCAAAUUAGACGAGUUCGUCUUCCGCUGCCACGAGUCCCGCCGAGACAAACUCGUCCAGUACACCAUUCCACCAGAUCACUUUGUAGCGGCGACGCGAGUCGGCCGGGACAACCCACAGUUGAACGUGGCCUUUUUCGAGGCGCUGGUGCGUGCGAGCGCAGAGUCCGUCCCCGCCGAUUCCUCCGAGAUACUGCGGUGGAUCAUGGAGAAUACGCGUCUUGCCCGGCGUGAUCCAUCGGCCUACCAUGAGGUAAACGGCCGGUUCGCUGGGUGGUUGGCAGAUUUUGUGCUCCGUUUGCCUGGGCUAAUGGAACACACGGCUGCAGUUCCGGAAGCGCAAUUGUUCCUGUUUGGGCAAUUGGAGGGAAGACCCGUGGAAGUGUGCCGGUUCAUUGAGGAGGUUCUUGCGCCCAGCCGUGAACCUUUUCUUAAUUGGACACCCGAAUCCCAAUUCAGUGUUGACGGGUGGUGGGUGAAGAUGGAUCAACAGACGAUCUCUUGA